AAGUAGUAAAUAUGUCUAGACAUUUUGGAAUCAUUUGUAUAAGAAUGUUUAGCGUUCCUCUUCCUCCAUGUCAUCCGGAAUGUCAAUUUCCAUCGGGUCCAGUUCAAUCGACGACUCCGGGUCGUAUCUUCUCGGAGAUCAACAGCAUGAUCAUGGAUGCUUCGAGACCUCGCAUGGUACCUCCGUGCAGUAUUUUGUUGAAUUCUCCGACGUCGUCGUCUAACGAGGAUAAGCAUAACCUCUUCAACUAUCAACACCAUCAACAUAAUCAUCAAACUUACUCUUCCCCAAUCAGUCAGCCAAUUUUCGAUCAUGCCUCGCCAUCACUCUACACCUCCGAACAUUCCGAAUACUCACCAGCAGAAAUAUACUCUCCAAAUUCUGCAUCUUCAUCUCUUCCAUCUACAUCCCCAUUCCCAUAUACCACAUCCCCAUUCACCGCCACUGAGGAAAUCUAUCCUGAUAUUCCGUUCAUUGAUUCUAUGAUUGCUGAAGUUCGCCAAGAAAUAAUCAACGAAGAUAUUCCAGUUCCAUCUCCAUCAACAUCUUCAGAUAUCUCUUCGGUGAGCAGGAAGUCAUCAGCUUCAUCUUCUUCUUCACUUCGAGACGUCUUUGUUUCUCCCGGACAAACUCUUGUUAUCCGAGGUGACGAUGGUCAAGAAUAUAAAGUCAUUGUCGAACGUGUUGAAGGAAGUGAAGCUCAUGCCACUCCAGCUUUGACGAAAAGAAAAUUAUCAGACGAUAGUGAUAUUGCCCCAAAAAGAGCCCGAGCACCACCUGUCUCACUAGUCAAUUUGUCGGAUGAAGAGAUCGCUGAGCGAAAGAAACAACAAAACCGUGCAGCUGCACUCCGAUACCGUCAAAAACUUCGUGAAAGCCGUGUAAUGUCAGUUUCAGUGAAGGAGACACUCACUCAACGAAAUGCUUACCUUCGUGAUGAAGCUGAGCGUCUUUCCAAAGAGUGCGAAGUCAUCCGUCGGCUAAUUUUCGACAAACUUGGCAAAAACGCUCCUCUCUUUUAAAUUAGUAUCUCCUCAACGUUUUUUAUUUCUCCUUUUCCUCCCUAAAACCUUCUAGUUUCUUGGUCUUCUGGAAAUCCCUGUGGUGCUCAGUUGAAAGCUGAAAAUUAACAAAAACACACUUGCACACACACACACACUCGUUCUCGAAAUUGAAUUCGAUGACUGAAAAAAAACCUUCUGUGAUUUGAUUGAGCGAGAUUCGGUGGGUCCUCAAGGGAGGUCACUCCUGUGUUUGUGUUCAUGUGCAUGUUUUUAUGUUUUUUUUUGCAGUUUUCAACUGUUGGUGACGAAUGAGCGUGGGGGUUUUUAUUACUUUAUUCUGUAUGCUCAUUUCACAAAAUAACGUUCAAUGUAUCUCUAUCAUCUUUUUUUUUCCGAAAAUAUAACCAAAUUCUUCCCCAUUCCCCUCUCUCGAAAGUAACAAAUCCACUUGUCUGUAUUAUUGGCUGAUUGAUCUUUUUUAUUAUUAUCCAUAUAAUCAUAAAAACUGAACAAAAAUUAAAAAUCAAAUAAAUAUUAUAAUAAAAACAAUAUUCUUUAAGCUUUUUUUCGAUAAAGAAUGGAUGAUAGAAACAAUAUUCAACUAUGAAACUUUUUCAUUAAAAGUGUUAAUCGCAUUUCGAAAUUAGUCAAUCACGUAACCUAUUUUGAGGAUUUCUAUAAAUUUGUAUUGAAUUCUUAUUAACGAAGAGUGUAACUGAUUCAUAAAAAUAAAUAAUUUUUGUAUGA